GUUCCCAUUCAUAUAUUAUCAUACAGCUUCUGCUGUCGCUGCUGCUGCUGCUGCUGCUGCUUGCAACUCGCCUCAGCCAACCUUGGACAUAGAAGAGCAGAUCCGAUAGCUGCUGGGCUGAGUUCACCCUGUAGACGGUUUAGAUCUCAAGCUCCAGGAAGAGAACUCGAGCCCUGAGCUGCGUUAACAACAUCUACUCGAGGCAUCAGUACGGACCGCUUCGUAGCGGUGGAUAUCCUUCUGCACCAUGCAGAUGCUCACAAAGUUCGAGAGCAAGAGCCCACGCGUCAAGGGUAUCGCAUUCCAUCCCAAGAGUCCUCUGCUCGCUGCGUCACUCCACAAUGGAACGAUCCAAUUGUGGAACUACCAGAUGGGAACGCUCGUAGACAGAUUUGAGGAGCACGAUGGACCCGUUCGAGCUAUCAGCUUUCACCCUACACAGCCUAUCUUUGUCUCGGGUGGUGAUGACUACAAGAUCAAGUUGUGGAAUUACAAACAGCGAAAGUGUCUCUUCACUUUGAACGGACAUCUCGACUACGUCCGCACAGUCUACUUCCACCGCGAAUAUCCAUGGAUCAUCUCUGCUUCGGAUGAUCAGACCAUCAGGAUAUGGAAUUGGCAAGCUAGGACGUGUAUCGCUAUUUUGACGGGACACAACCAUUACAUCAUGUGCGCACAAUUCCACCCAUGGGACGACUUGGUCGUGUCUGCUUCCAUGGAUCUCACCGUCCGAGUCUGGGAUAUCUCUGGUCUCCGUAAGAAGAACCAAGCGCACCAAGCGCCCAUGUCUUUCGAAGAGCAACUUCAACGUCAGAAUCAGGGCCAAGCGGAUCUCUUUGGAAACACAGACGCAGUUGUCAAAUACGUCUUGGAGGGACACGACAGAGGGGUCAACUGGGCCACUUUCCAUCCGACGUUACCUCUGAUCGUCUCCUGUGGUGACGAUCGACAGGUCAAACUUUGGCGAAUGUCAGAGACGAAAGCCUGGGAAGUGGACAGCUGUCGAGGACAUUUCAACAAUGUCUCCAUGUGUCUCUUCCAUCCACGACACGAAUUGAUCCUCUCAGCCAGUGAGGACAAAACCAUUCGGGUCUGGGAUAUGACGAAGAGGACGGCUGUUCAGACGUUCAGGAGAGACCAGGACAGAUUCUGGGUAUUGAUCGCUCAUCCGGAACUCAAUCUUUUUGCUGCGGGUCACGACAACGGUCUCAUUGUCUUCAAGCUCGAACGUGAACGUCCUGCCUUUUCACUCUCUGGUAAUCAACUCUUCUACGUCAAGGACAAGGUCGUGCGAAUGGCAGACCUGUCUACAGGUACGAAUCAGGGCAUCUGCAGCGUUCGCAAACUCGGCUCGCAAUGGGUUCAACCAAAGACAUUGAGUUAUAACCCAGCCGAGAGAGCGGUCUUGGUGACUUCGGCCACCGAGAACGGCCAAUACGAGCUCAUCAGCCUGCCCAAGAGCGCUGCUCCUUCUGCUGGGGACGGAAAGGACGUUCCCUCUGAUGGCAAGAAGGGCAAUGGAUCCUGCGCCAUCUUCGUUGCUCGAAACAGGUUGGCCGUGCUUGACAAAGCCGGUCAGAACAUCGAGAUUCGGGACCUGUCCAACAACCUCACCAAAUCUGUCAAAUGCCCUGUUCAGACCAAUGAGAUCUUCUACGGAGGAACCGCUUCGCUCUUGCUGGCAUCGGCUACGUCUGUAAUCCUGUUUGACAUUCAACAGCAGAAGAUUUUGGCCGAGCUCAACACGCCGCCUGUCAAGUACGCAGUCUGGAGCGUUGAUGGAAAUAUGGUUGCUUUGCUCAGCAAGCAUACCAUCACCAUUGCCAACAAGUCCCUUGCGCAGAGCGCCUUGAUCCACGAGACCAUUCGCAUCAAGUCUGCUGCUUGGGAUGACAGCGGAGUGCUUGUUUAUACUACUCUGAACCAUAUCAAAUAUGCUCUGCAUCAAGGGGACAAUGGUAUCAUCAAGACGUUGGACCAGCCUGUCUACUUGACUCGAAUCAAGGGUCAGGUUGUACACUGCCUCGACAGGACGGCUAAGCCACGAACAAUCCCGAUCGACCCUACCGAGUACAGAUUCAAGCUUGCCCUCGUCCGCAAGAACUAUGAUGAAGUCUUGCAGAUCAUCCGAAACUCGAACCUCGUUGGACAAAGCAUCAUCGGCUACCUUCAGAAGAAGGGAUACCCUGAGAUCGCUCUUCACUUUGUCCAGGAUCAGCAGACUCGAUUCGACUUGGCUAUAGAGUGCGGUAACUUGACUGUCGCCCUGGAAAUGGCUCGGGCUGUCGAUAGAGAAGAUGUCUGGGAACGCCUAGGAGCUGCAGCUCUCAAGCAGGGCAAUCAUAGCAUCGUCGAGACUGCAUACCAGAAGACUCGCAACUUUGACAAGCUGUCCUUCCUGUACCUGAUCACUGGAAAUGUCCAAAAACUCAGUAUGAUGCAGAACAUCGCCACGAAGCGAGGCGACAACAUGAGUCGAUUCCAGAACUCGCUUUAUCUGGGAGAUAUCAAAGCUCGCGUUGCGGUCUUGCGAGAGACUGGACAAUACCCUCUGGCCUAUUACACUGCCAAGACUAAUGGUCUCGACGACACUGCGCUUGAUAUCCUCGAGGAAGCUGGCAUGACAGAGGAUGACUUGCCUUCGCCACCUCAGAAUGCUGGUCACUCGUCCUUGGCUCCUCCUCCUGUCGCCUUUUCCCAAUCUGAGAGCAACUGGCCAAUCAAAAAUCUUGGAGAAAGCUUCUUUGACCGGGCGCUCGCCAAUGGCGGCGCGGAUGCCCUUGGAGAAGUGUCUGCCCGAGAGAUGGCUAAUGGUGGAGAGCAACUUGAGGCUUGGGGUGUGGAUCAACCUAUUGACGGCGAAGAUGACGAACCGGUGGAUGAGGAUGAAGGCUGGGACCUGGACGCUGAAGUCGUCACGGCUCCUGAGGAUGAAGUCGAAGCGGAUGAAGGGGGUGCCGGCGUGGAAGCCGAUCUCUCAGAAGGAGUAACCGCUGGCGUGGCGGAAGACGAGAUGUGGGUCAAGAAUUCACCUCUGGCCAGCGAUCACGCUGCCGCGGGAGCUUUCGAGUCGGCUAUGCAGCUUCUCAAUCGUCAAGUCGCUGCUGUCAACUUUGAGCCUCUCAAGCCGUUGUUCAUGCGCGCGUAUGAGAACGCUCACGUGUCUGUUCCCGCCAAUCCCUCUUUGCCUCCUCUUGUCUUCAAUGUGCGCCGCAAUCCCGAAACCACCGAGUUGCGCGAAGUUUUGCCGUUCUCCCUGUACAAUCUACACGAUGUCAAGGACAGCGAGCUCGCGGAAGCUAGUCGAUUCUUCUCCCGUGGAAAGUUUGCGGAAUCUCUCGCAGCUUAUCGCGCCGUGUUGCAGAAGCUCCUGAUGGUGGUUGUGUCAUCGGAACAGGAUGCUCAAGAGGUCAAGGACCUCGUUACUACUUGCAGAGAAUACGUGAUUGGUCUGACAAUGGAGACUGAGCGUCGUCGCUUGCUUGCCGAGGACCCCGACAACGUUACUCGUAAUCUUGAGCUCGCUGCCUACUUUACACACUGCAAACUUCAGCAGUCACACGUGCAAUUGGCCCUUCGAUCAGCGAUGAGCGUCUUUUCAAAAGCUGGAAAUCAAGCUACUGCAGCGGUGUUUGCCAGGCGAUUAAUUGAGGCCAAUCCUAGUGAUACCAAGGUCAUCACUCAGGCGAGAUCCGUCCUCGCUCAGGGUGAUCGAAACCCGAGAGAUAGCCACGAAAUCACCUACGACCACUUUACACCGUUCGAGAUCUGUCCGGCUUCUCUGACGCCUAUCUACUCUGGAUCACCGUCCAUUGUCUCUGCUUACCACGGGGCGAGGUACCUGCCGGAAUACAAAAACUCGAUAGACGUCGUGGACGGUGUCACUCAGGUCGGUCUGCCAGGAAGCGGACUGAGGUCAAUGGUGUAAAUACGAGCUCGGCGUAGGAGGAUCUGGGAGGUUUGAUACGUGGAAGAGAAACCACUUUUUUGACGCUACAAAACAUCACGGUAUGCCAUGACAUUUGAUACAGACAGAGCGGGUCUCCCACCAUUCAUUGACUCGUCACUAACAAUGCAAGUACGCUCCAUUGACAUCAC